AAUCCGAAUCCCCAGCCUCACCCUCCUCCUCACUGCGGACCCCCCGAAGACUUUGGGAAUAACCAUUGCGGAGGAUUCGCUGAGCGCCCCGGGACGCGUGGAGCACCUUCAUGGACGGUGGUGACCGGCUGCAGGGAUGGAGAACCUAAUGAGGGGUAGGAAUUUUCCCCAAUUCCAGAGAACCACUGUUAUGCAGGAGGUCCGUCCCCCACUCAGGAAGAGACCUGAAGAGGAAUUGCAGUGUCUGGAAAUGACAACCAAGCGGAAGAUCAUCGACCGCCUGGUGCCAUGUCGAUGCUUCCGAGGAGAAGAGGAAAUCAUCUCCGUGUUAGAUUACUCCCACUGCAGCCUUCAACAGGUGCCAAAGGAAGUUUUUAACUUUGAAAGGACAUUAGAAGAACUUUAUCUGGAUGCCAAUCAAAUUGAAGAUCUACCUAAGCAAUUGUUCAACUGUCAAGCGCUACGCAAACUGAGUAUACCCGACAAUGACCUUUCAAAUCUGCCAACUUCCAUUGCUAGCCUAGUUAAUCUAAAAGAACUCGACAUCAGUAAAAACGGGGUACAAGAAUUUCCAGAAAAUAUAAAGUGCUGUAAAUGUUUAACAAUUAUUGAAGCCAGUGUCAAUCCCAUUUCUAAGCUCCCUGAUGGCUUCACACAGCUUCUAAACCUGACCCAGCUCUACCUGAAUGAUGCCUUUCUGGAGUUUCUUCCAGCCAACUUUGGAAGACUUGUGAAAUUGCGGAUCUUAGAGUUAAGAGAAAACCACUUGAAAACUCUACCAAAGUCAAUGCACAAACUGGCGCAGUUGGAGAGGCUUGACUUGGGCAAUAAUGAGUUCAACGAACUGCCUGAGGUUCUGGAUCAAAUACAAAACCUGAGGGAAUUGUGGAUGGAUAACAAUGCACUUCAAACACUACCUGGGUCUAUAGGAAAGUUAAAGAUGUUGGUGUACCUGGACAUGUCCAAAAACAGGAUCGAAACCAUUGACAUGGAGAUUUCUGGAUGUGAAGCACUUGAAGACCUGCUAUUGUCAUCCAAUAUGCUGCAGCACCUGCCUGACUCCAUAGGACUGUUGAAAAAACUUACCACUCUGAAAGUAGAUGACAAUCAACUUACACUGUUACCCAAUGCAAUUGGAAAUUUGUCUUUAUUAGAAGAAUUUGACUGUAGCUGUAAUGAACUGGAGUCCUUGCCUUCCACCAUUGGCUACCUUCAUAGUCUUCGAACAUUAGCCGUGGAUGAGAAUUUCCUGCCUGAAUUGCCCAGAGAAAUUGGAAGCUGUAAGAAUGUUACAGUCAUGUCCCUGCGCUCCAACAAACUGGAAUUCCUUCCUGAAGAGAUUGGACAGAUGCAAAAACUGCGGGUCUUGAAUUUGAGUGACAACAGACUGAAGAAUUUACCAUUCUCGUUUACCAAACUUAAAGAACUUGCAGCUUUGUGGCUUUCUGACAAUCAAUCCAAGGCCCUUAUCCCUUUGCAAACAGAAGCCCACCCUGAAACAAAACAAAGAGUGUUAACCAACUACAUGUUUCCCCAGCAACCUCGUGGUGACGAAGAUUUCCAGUCAGACAGCGACAGUUUUAACCCUACUCUGUGGGAGGAGCAGAGACAACAACGAAUGACUGUUGCCUUUGAAUUUGAAGAGAAAAAGGAAGAAGAAGAAAAUGCUGGCAAAGUUAAGGAUCACAUUUGCCAUGCCCCCUGGGAAAGGGGCCAGCGUGGGAUUACCCUCCAACCUGCCAGACUGUCUGGCGAUUGCUGCACACCAUGGGCCAGGUGUGAUCAGCAGAUCCAAGAUAUGCCCGUUCCCCAGAUUGACCCCCAGCUGGCAUGGGGUUGUAUAAGUGGUCUCCAGCAGGAAAGCAGCCUGUGUACUCAAUUGCCAGUGGCAGCACAUUCCACCACUCUUCCCUCUCUAAGUGGCAGACAGGUUGAGAUAAACCUAAAACGCUAUCCAACUCCUUACCCAGAAGACUUAAAAAAUAUGGUAAAAUCUGUUCAAAAUCUGGUGGGCAAAACGGGUCACGGAGGUCGUGCUGAGAAUUCGAACCCGGCCGCUAACCCGGAGCAGACUGCGAAAGAGAAGUAUGAACACCAGUGGUCCAUGACGCCCAAGGAGAUCACGGUUGAGGGUUCCUUUGUUCACCCAGUCAAUGAAAUGAGGAUGGGAGAACUUCACUCGUCACUGACCGAAACUCCCUUAUACCCACCCAAACUCGUCCUCCUCGGCAAAGACAAGAAAGAAUCGACAGAUGAGUCUGAAGUCGACAAAACUCACUGUCUGAAUAACAGUGUUUCCUCAGGCACUUACUCAGACUACUCACCUUCCCAGGCGUCCUCAGGGUCCUCGAAUGCCCGGGUUAAAGUGGGGUCCAUGCAGGCAACAGCUAAAGAUGCCGUGAAUAAUUCUUUGUGGGGUAACAGGCUUGUGCAAACCUUUCCUCAGCCUAUCGACUCGAAGCCAUUGCUCAGCCAGCGCGAGUCCCUGCCAUCGGGGAGUCUGCAGCCGCCGCAGCAGCAGCAGAUACAGCAGCAGCAGAUGCAGCAGCAACAGAUGCAGCAGCAGCAGCAGCAGAUUCAGCAGCAGCAGCAGCAGCGUCCCGAGCGACUCCCGAUGGGCAAUGCUUUUGCCGACAGCUGGACCGACGGCUCCCAUUACGACAACACGGGCUUCGUUGCCGAGGAGAGCCCGGCGGAGAACGCGGCUGGGAGCGGGCUCCUGAACUCCAAGGCCAGAAGCUCAGCCCCUCACGGGCGUCGGCCUCUCCUGAGGCAAGACCGGAUCGUUGGCGUUCCCCUGGACCUCGAGCAGCCCACCCACAGGAAUCCUGCAGAAUCUGAAGUGCCUCCUUCCAAUCCUUGGCAGAAUUGGACCCGCACCCCCAGUCCUUUCGAAGACAGGACGGCAUUCCCUUCGAAACUGGAGACCACCCCUACCACCAGCCCUCUGCCUGAAAGGAAAGACCUCAUCAACGAACCGGCAGAAAUCCCCGGCCCGUUUACUUCCGGCGUGCCCUGGGAGUACCAUGACUCCAACCCCAACCGGAGCCUCAGCAAUGUCUUUUCCCACAUUCACUGCCACCCAGAGGCUUCCAAAGGCGUUCUCUCCAUGAGCAAAAGCACUGAGAGGCUCUCCCCUCUGAUGAAAGAUAUCAAGUCCAGUAAGUUUAAGAAGUCCCAGAGUAUUGACGAGAUAGACAUUGGUACAUACAAGGUGUAUAACAUACCACUAGAAAACUAUGCAUCUGGCCAUGACCCCUUAGGGAUCCACGAAAGACCGGAUAGACUGAUGGGGCCAGAGCAUGGUAUGUCUAGUAUGUGUCGUAGCCAGUCUGUACCAAUGCUGGAUGAUGAGUUGUUGACUUACGGAAGUAGUAAAGGUGGGCAGCAGCAGCAGCAGCAACAACAGAAGCCCUCCGUGACCAAAAAAGUCUACCAGUUUGACCAAAGCUUCAAUCCUCAAGGAGCGGUGGAAGUAAAAGCGGAGAAGAGGGUGCAGCCCCCAUUCCAAUCCAACUCGGAGUUUGUGCCACCGACCGGCAAGAGCGUCGCAAAGGAUCUGGUAAGCCCUCGGGCUUACAGAGGCUACCCCCCGAUGGAGCACAUGUUUUCGUUCUCUCAGCCCUCCGUCAACGAGGAGGUCAUCAGUGCACAGUUGGCCAGCCAGGGCUCGAGGGCGGGGUUCUUGAGACGGGCCGACUCGCUGGUCAGCUCCACGGAGAUGGCCAUGUUCAGGCGGGUCAGCGAGCCUCACGAACUGUCUCAGAGUGAGAGGUACGGCAGGCCUCCUCCCUACAGGGGAGGCCUGGAUCGCCAAGGCAGCGUCUCUGGGACCGAGCCCCAGUUCCUCAAGAGGAACGGCAGGUAUGAAGAGGAACAUCCUUCCUACCAGGAAGUGAAAGCCCAGUCUGGAAGUUUCCCAGCUAAAAACCUCACCCAGAGGAGGCCGCUGUCUGCCAGAAGCUACAGUACUGAGAGUUACGGUACAUCCCAAACCAGGCCAGUUUCGGCGAGGCCUACCAUGGCAGCUCUUUUGGAAAAGAUACCAUCUGACUAUAACUUGGGUAACUAUGGCGACAAGCCAUCAGAUAACAGUGAUCUAAAGACGAGGCCCGCCCCUGGGAAGGGAGAGGAGAGCUGUGGGAAAAUGCCAGCAGACUGGAGACAACAGCUACUUAGACAUAUAGAAGCUAGAAGGUUAGACAGGAAUGCUGCUUACAAACACAACACUGUUAACCUUGGCAUGCUGUACACUGGACGUUUUUCAGCAAUGCAUGCAGGCAGAAGCAUGACUUUAGACUUGCAGCCUAGAUCUAAAUUUGAAAACCAAAUACAUCAAGAGCUGCUUCUUCAGAAAACCCCAUCCCAGCAAAGCAACAUUCUAGACAAUGGACAAGAAGACAUCUCUCCUAGUGGCCAGUGGAAUCCUUAUCCGCUUGGGAGACGAGACGUGCCACCGGACACCGUUACUAAAAAGACAGGCAGCCACAUCCAGACCUUGAUGGGAUCGCAGAGUCUACAGCAUAGAAGUCGGGAGCAGCAGCAACAGCAGCAGCAGCAACAGCAGCAACAGCAGCAGCAGUAUGAGGGAAACAUCAACAAAGUGACCAUCCAGCAGUUCCAGUCUCCCCUCCCCAUCCAGAUCCCUUCCUCCCAGACACCCCGCGGGCCUCAGCCUGGACGAUGCUUAAUCCAAACUAAAGGACAGCGGAGCAUGGACGGCUAUCCUGAGCAGUUUUGCGUGAGAAUAGAAAAGAACCCUGGGCUUGGAUUUAGCAUCAGUGGUGGAAUAAGUGGUCAAGGAAAUCCAUUUAAACCUUCUGACAAGGGUAUCUUUGUUACUAGGGUUCAGCCUGAUGGGCCAGCAUUCAGCCUGCUGCAGCCUGGCGAUAAGAUCCUUCAGGCGAAUGGACACAGUUUUGUACAUAUGGAACAUGAGAAGGCUGUAUUACUACUGAAGAGUUUCCAGAACACAGUAGACCUAGUUAUUCAACGUGAGCUUACCGUCUAAAUAUUUUUAUAAAUAGUGAAAAUAUGUCUAGCCAGACCUAAUGUUCAAAGAUAAAUUUCUACAUAGGAAACAAACUUUUUGCCAAUUGCUGGACCAAUGGCAAACAUUAGUGCCAAAUGUAUAAUAACUACAUGUUAGUUCUGAUCACCUUUAAAAAUGUUACCUAUAUAAAUAUGAUGUUCAUGUGGUAUGUAUCAGUUUUAAUUGUCAGCCUCUGGCUGUGCAUUGGUGCAGUUUGUUUUUUUUAAUCAAAUCAGUUUCUUCUCAAAGUGGAUUUCAUAUAAUUUCAGAGCACGGAAGCACACACAGGUUCUAUAAGGAUUCUGCUCUCCAUCAGAAACACUGCCUCAAAAUUGUAUAUGCCUUUAUAUAGAAAUACAAAUACAGAGAAAUGUAAUUCCCAUAAAAUAUUUCUAGCACAAGUUAUAUGUUGGCAUAUAUAAAGAAAAUUAUACAGAAAAGGAAUAUUUUCAUAAAACAGAACACCUCUGAUUGAGAAAGAAAAUAUAUCUUAAAAAUAGGACUUUACUAUGUUCAACCUUUUUCAAUAAAAAUAUGUGAUAAUGCCUUAUGAAAUUAACUGUACAUAUGGUAUAUGGUGUUUAUAUCUGGUUCCUGAUUAAUUUGCUAAAUUCUCACAGUACAGAGUGAAAUAUUUCAUAAAUUAGUCUUUCAUCUCUGGGACCUGAUUACAAUUAGUCAGCACAAAAUUAAUGAACUUGCUCAAAGCCUUCAGUUGAUAACAAUACAUACAAAGUUAUGAAAUGAGAGCUAGAUUAUUGUCGAUAGUUAAAUUCCUUAACAAAUAUAAGCAGUGAGUGAUGGGUGGCAGGAAAAUACACUUUUAUUUCUUUCAGUUUUACAUUUAUUACAAAUUGUAGCCCCUGUGACUUCCUUAGUUGUUAAUGUAGCGUUUUCUUGUGUGUGACAAAAAUCUAAUUUAAAUCAAUUUAAUGAGCUAUUGGGUGUAAGAAGAUUCAUCAUCAGGAAAGACUAUUAGCAAAAAGUGAUUGGUGGGAGCUAUAUUUAAACUCUAAUAUUUAGAUAUUGAACUUCAGAUUGUUUUUUUUCCAGAGCUGAAAGUCAAAAAGUACCAUAAAAUCAAUCUCAGUGCCUGGCUUUGGAGACAGAAAUAGCAAUAGAGAAAAUUGUAUUAAAUAUUGCUAGUUCUGUGGUCCAGAUCCUAAUUUCCCCCCCCCCCAAAUGAUGGUUGGAAAAUCUUGGUUUCCAUGACCAUUAAAAAGGAGGACAGAAGAGAAAAUGUUAACAGAUUUUUUUUUAAUUGUAACCAUUUUGCAUUCCAACUGAUAAAAUUACCUCUUUUUUUAAAAUAUUUCGAGUUUUUACCCACUAUUAGAGCAGACGACUUUGAAAAUCCCAAACAAUUUUCUUGCAGUUAGUAGUGUAUGAAAUGCAUAUCAUCACGGCACAAUUUAACUCUUUGUGUUAUGUGAUGGUACAUAUUCUGUGCUAUUAUCUUGUGCUAAGAAAUCUGAAUUAUUGCACUAGCAUUAUAAAGUCACUUCAGUGCAGCUCCAGAGGCAGUAUUUGUAAGCUGACUGUAAUUGCGGCCCUGGUGAGAAAAUUGUCCUUUGAAGCAGCUAGCUCUCAUUGGAGAGGCGAUACUAUCUCUUGGCAAUAGAAGUUGCUUCCUGUCCCAGUUUCUGAGAGACAGCUCUAUCUUUGGCACAGGUGAGCCAAAACACCAUUAUAUUUGUGAUUCUGAGGCGGCUUCGUGACUCCGGGCUAAGACUGAUGUGGUUAAAACAAAAUGUCGGAAGUGGCUACUCCAGUUCACAGGACUUCUGGGGAGAGCUGCCUAAUUUCCAGAGCAGCGGAAGAGGUCUCUCUCUUUUCGGAUCCUGACUCCAUUGACCAAAUCCAUCACACCAAUUGAAGAUUUAUAGAAACUAGUAGUUGAAACCACCACCAACAUUGGUGGUCGUCUCUACAAACCUGAGAGUAGGCCCUUAAUCCGAACUCCAGUCGAACAAGUCCUCUGUUCCUGGGCAACCUCCCUUAUGAUGGCAGGCAAGGCAGUACAGGAAAGGGGCCUUGGGCCUCUCUCUCUGGGAGCCCUCCCUGAGUCUCUUCAAAGUCACUCGGGCAGAUCCCACCACCGGUCCCAUAGCAGUGGGGAUUUUGGAGGACCAAAGAAGGGGAAGUAGCAUGGGGUAGUGGAAAGAGCACGGGUGUGGGAGUCAGAAGACCUGAGUUCUAA